ACUCGUUCAGUCUUUCCUUGAUUCCUUCUCACAAAGCCAGUAAGCCACAGCCAUCAACAGCGGUUUUGAGUUUCCCUUCUCAGUUCUAACCGUUACUCUUCGGAGUCAUACUCGCAUUGACUCACCCAGCGGUAGCGGGGCUCCUCCACCCAUUAAGCCAACGUCUAACGUCUAACUUCUAACGUCUAACGCCCUUCGCCUUCAGUUACAUCCACUGCACACACCAACACCAUAGAGCCGUUUCUUCACUGCAACACCUCAUUCACUCGGUAACGGGCACAGAUCUGGAACGAAGCAGGAAUAGGUUCUACCCAACUGACUCAUGCAGCAGUUUAGUAGUAUGCUUGCAGUGUAAAUAAACAAGCUGAAACACCUCGUUCCCUGUUGCUGCUGGAAGUGGAAAAUACUUGGAAAACGGUGGAAAUGGAGUUCCUACGUAUUUUGUUAUCUUCCAUUUGUUUGUUGGUUGUGAUUGAUCACUGGCAAGGAAAUGCUGAACCUGUUGAGGAUAAGCAAGCUUUGCUUGAUUUUGUGAACAAAUUCCCUCCUUCUAGACCUCUGAAUUGGGAUGAGACCUCCUCCAUGUGUGCCAAUUGGACCGGAGUCACUUGCAGUGAAGAUGAGUCCCGGGUCAUCGCCAUUCGCCUGCCGGGGGUUGGAUUCCAUGGCCCAAUUCCGCCGGAUACUGUUAGCCGCCUCUCGGCACUGCAAACUUUGAGCCUCAGAUCCAAUGUCAUAACUGGGCGGAUACCUUCUGACUUUUCUAAUUUGAAGAACUUAACUUUACUGUAUCUUCAGUUCAACAAUUUCUCUGGUCCUUUGCCUGAUUUCUCAGUUUGGAAGAAUCUUACUAUUGUCAAUUUGUCCAAUAACCAUUUCAAUGGCAGCAUUCCUGAUUCCCUUUCCAAUUUGACCGAGCUUGCUGGUUUGAACCUUGCAAACAACUCUCUUUCUGGCGAAAUUCCCAAUCUCCAGUUGCCAAGACUGCAGCUGCUGAAUCUGUCUAACAACAAUUUGCAUGGGAGUGUGCCUAAAUCCCUCCAGAGGUUUCCUGAUUCGUCCUUUUUUGGAAAUAAUAUUUCUCUUGGGAGCUCUGCUGUUGUUCCGCCAGUGCCUCCUCCGGUUUAUGGGCCUUCUUCAAGGUCUAAGAAGCACGGAAGGCUCAGCGAAACAGCGCUGCUGGGAAUUACUAUUGCCUGUGGUGUUCUAGGCCUUGUGGCAUUUGUUUUCUUGAUCUUUGUAUGCUGCUCAAGAAGGAGGGGUGAAGAUGAUGAUGCCUUCAGUGGGAAGUUGCACAAGGGUGACAUGUCUCCCGAGAAAGCUGUAUCGAGGAACCAGGAUGCGAAUAAUAAGCUGUCUUUCUUUGAGGGGUGUAAUUAUGCCUUUGAUUUGGAGGAUUUACUCAGGGCUUCUGCUGAGGUACUGGGAAAGGGAACGUUUGGUACUGCAUACAAGGCAAUACUGGAAGAUGCAACCACGGUUGUUGUGAAGAGGUUAAAGGAGGUAGCAGUUGGAAAGAAGGAUUUUGAGCAACACAUGGAAAUAGUAGGAAACCUUAAACAUGAGAAUGUGGUUGAGCUCAAGGCAUAUUAUUAUUCCAAAGAUGAGAAAUUAAUGGUAUAUGAUUACUAUAGCCAGGGUAGUGUCUCGUCAAUGUUACACGGAAAAUAGCCCUAGGUGCUGCCAGAGGCAUUGCUCGUAUCCAUGUUGAGAAUGGAGGUAAACUCGUGCAUGGCAACAUCAAAUCCUCAAAUAUCUUCCUCAAUACUAAACAGUAUGGUUGUGUAUCCGACCUUGGUCUCGCAUCCAUAAUGAGCUCACUUGCCUUACCCAUCUCACGAGCUGCUGGUUACCGAGCACCUGAAGUUACGGACACCAGGAAAGCGGCACAACCUUCAGAUGUUUACAGCUUUGGCGUGGUGUUACUUGAGCUUCUGACAGGGAAAUCUCCUAUUCACACAACUGGUGGGGAUGAGAUUAUCCACCUGGUGAGAUGGGUUCAUUCGGUUGUGCGAGAGGAGUGGACAGCCGAGGUGUUUGACUUAGAGCUGAUGAGGUAUCCAAAUAUAGAGGAAGAGAUGGUGGAAAUGCUACAGAUAGCAAUGUCAUGCGUGGUAAGGAUGCCCGACCAGAGACCAAAGAUGUCUGAAGUUGUGAAGAUGAUAGAAAAUGUGAGGCAAAUUGAUGCAGAGACUCGGCCGUCUUCCGACAACCAAGCAGAACAGAAAUUACCACAACAUGACAUCGAUAAUUCCCCUUCUUCCUCUCCCUCACCCUUGCCAAAAGGAAGUGAAUGAAAGAGAGAAAGAAAUCUAUUGGCUUUAUUUGAUUUGAUUGUAUCUGUCAAUGUUUUACUGAAAGUUCUGAACAAGAAUGAUUAAUUUUUGCCGCCCAUAUUCAAGUUGCAUGUGACUUGGUUAGUGGGUACUUCCCCCAUUCUUCCCUUACUUUAAUGUGACAUUAGAUUUGAGGUUGUUUUGUUUGCACCAAGAAAAGGAUGCACCUUUUCCUUGGUAGAUGGUGUUUACUAUCUUUUCUGAACUUCUCCAUGCUGUAGGUUUAGGGUUUGUAAGGUUCUUGGAAUAUCAUAACAAGAGAUUGAAAUACGAAAAAGGUUGUUUGGAACUCAGAA